CUUCACAUACGUCCAAAGCACAACUUGUUCAACUCUGCUCUAAAUCCCGCAGCUUUCCUCUUAUUACUUCCUUCGAAUCUUAUCAUCUCUCCAACACACUCGAUCUUCAAAAUGCCUCGUUCUCGUGGUGGUGCAGGACCUUCCCGAUCGGCCCCGUCGAGGCCUACGGCUUCAGCACCUCGGGCUGCCGCGCCACAGCAGCAACAACACCGACCCAUGUCGACCGCUCCCACGGCACCUGCUCAGCAAGCCCAUGCUCCUCCGGCUCAGGCCUCACAAGGACCCGGUCUGUUCGGCCAGAUGGCAAGCACUGCAGCUGGUGUUGCAGUCGGAUCCUCAAUUGGCCACGCCAUCGGCGGAUUCUUCGGCGGCGGUUCCUCUGCCCCGGUCGAGCAACAACAGCAACCCACCGAUGCCUAUGCACAAACCGGAAAUGCGAUGGACAACAGACUGUACAACCAGACCUCGUCCGCCGAAGCUACCGGUCCUUGCGCCUCCGACAUCAAGAGCUUCACCGACUGCAUGAACCAAAACCAGGGCAACAUGACAAUCUGUGGCUGGUACCUCGAACAACUCAAGGCCUGCCAACAGGCUGCUCGACAAUACUAGAAUGACCCUGACGAGCUUUGAUCAUCCCGAUGCUGGGUGGAAGUUGUUUUCAUCAACAUGUAAAUAGCCAAUAGCAUUCUGGUUUCAGAUGGCGGGAAGACCAAAAGAAAAACUCUGCUGCAUUUGUAUUGCGCGAAAGAUGUAUCAAUAUAUAGUCAGCCAAGGGGGACACACAGGUCACCAAUUCAAGCUUGUUACUCCUCUCAAUGAUAUUUUGACAACUUA